UCUCUUUUAUGCCUUAAUUCUUCCCUCUUAUUAUUCGUUCAAAAAAAACGGUCAUUUUUACCAGAUGAAUGAAGACAUUGAAAUCAGUAUACAAAAGUUGUUUUUACGAAGUUUCUUCAAUUCAUUGCCGAGAAUUAAAGUUGGGAAUUAUAGAAAAUUCAUACAUUUCAAACAAGAUAAUUACUGGGUAUGCAAAAUGCGGUCGUUUGGGAAUUGCACGCCAAAUGUUCGACGAAAUGUCUCACAGAGAUACAGUUUCUUGGAAUACUAUGAUUGCUGGGUAUGUAAAUGUUGGGUGUUUUAGUACAAGUUGGGAACUUUUCAACGACAUGAGACGGCGUAAAUUUGGGGUUGAUGAGUACACAUUUGGUAGUAUUCUUAAGGGAAUUGCUUGCAAUGGUAAGCUUAUUUGUGGGGAGCAAUUACAUUCUAUGGUUAUUAAGGUUGGUUGUGAAUUGGAUGUUUAUACUGCAAGUUCACUUUUGGAUAUGUAUUCCAAGUGUGGGAAACUUGGGGAUGCGUACAUGGUGUUUAAGAUGAUGUCUGAGCGUAGUUCUGUGUCUUGGAAUGCUAUGAUUGCAGGGUUUGUGGAACAAGCUGAUUUCGAGACGUCGUUUGAGCUGUUUUGUUGUAUGGAGAAUGAGGGUAUGAAGAUUCAUGAUGGAACUGUUGCUCCUUUAUUGACUCUACUUAAUGACCCGGAUUAUUUUAGGCUAAUGAUUCAGCUGCAUUCGAAGAUUAUUAAACAUGGGUUGAGUUCUAAUACUACUGUAUGUAAUGCUCUCCUUACAUCUUAUUCUGAAUGUGGAUCAUUGGAGCAUGCUGAGAAGUUGUUUAAUGAUGCUUUUGAUGUGCAUGAUUCGAUAACUUGGAAUUCGAUGUUGGGGGCUUACCUUCUACAUAACAAGGAAAAACUUGCAAUCAAAAUCUUCUUUGAUAUGCAAGAGUUUGGUUUUGAACGUGAUAUAUAUACAUAUACUACUGUCAUCAGUGCCUGUUUUGAAGAGCCAUAUCAGGUUUAUGGUGAAUGUUUCCAUUGCUUGAUAAUAAAGGCGGGGCUAGAGAAUUCCACAGCAAUAGCCAAUACAUUGAUUUCUAUGUAUCUGAAGUCAAGUAGAAAAGCCAUGGCAGAUGCACUGAGACUUUUUGAAUCAAUAGACCAUAGAGAUUCUGUGUCUUGGAAUUCUGUUUUGACUGGAUUGUCACAGUAUGGCUUGAAUGAAGAUGCCGUGAAGUUCUUUGGGGAGAUGCGAUCACAUGAUGUUGGGAUCGAUCACUAUUCUUUUUCUGCAGUUCUCAGAUCUUGUGCUGACUUAGCAGCCCUGCAAUUGGGUCGACAAGUUCAUGUGUUGGCUCUCAAGUCAGGAUUAGAAUCAAAUGAACAUGUAGCUGGCUCAUUGAUAUUCAUGUAUUCUAAGUGUGGCUUACUUGAUGAUGCUAGAAAGUCCUUUGAAGAAACUCCAAAAGACAGCCCAAUUACCUGGAACUUUGCCAUUUUUGGGUAUGCUCAGCAUGGACAAGGCGAACUCGCCCUUGAGCUGUUCCAUCAAAUGACAAAAAGUAAGGUGAAGCUUGAUCAUGUAACCUUUGUUGCUGUCCUAACUGCUUGUAGCCACAUGGGUUGGGUGGAGGAAGGUCGACAUAUUCUUAAAACAAUGGAAUCUAAGUAUGGGAUUCCACUAAGAAUGGAGCAUUAUGCUUGUGCUAUUGAUUUGUUUGGAAGAGCUGGGCACUUAGAUGAAGCGAAGACCUUGGUUAAAUCAAUGCCAUUUGAGCCUGAUGCAAUGGUGUGGAAAACUCUCUUAGGUGCAUGUAGAAACUGUGGUGAUGUUGAAUAUGCAAAUCAAAUUGCAAGUCAUCUGCUCGAAAUCGUUCCUGAAGAGCACUGUACCUAUGUUAUUUUAUCUGAUAUGUAUGGGCGUCUUAAGAGGUGGGAUGAGAGAGCUAAUCUGACAAGGUUGAUGAGGGAAAGAGGGGUGCGAAAGGUCCCAGGCUGGAGUUGGAUGGAAAUAAACAAUGAAUCUCAUGCUUUUAAUGCCGAGGAUACUUCUCAUCCCAAUUCCAAGGAGAUAUAUGAUACCUUGGAAGGUCUUAUGAACGAGAUCCGAAUGCUUAAAAAAGCCUCUAACUCAGAGGCUGUUGUCCAGGAAUGGGCUGUCCUUGAUGGAUGCUGCGGCUGAUUGUGAUGACUGACAAUUCUUUGUGGUACUUUGUCAAGUUAUCAUGUGUUCGAUUCCUGGAAAACGGGCUGAUGAACAUGUAAGUUCAAGCAUAUAUCUUGGAUGAUACAUCUGAAAUUUUGUCAAUCAAUUUAAGUUUACAUAUUAGUUAGUCUUGAUUGGAUUUGCAUACAAAGAAUUAAUGGCAUGAUAAACUGUUUCACAACUUGCAAUACACAUCUUCAUGGAUAUAUCACAUAUAUGUAUGCUUACCACAGUUUGCUACUUGCCUACUUCAAGAUGUAUACAUUCUAUGCUAGCAAGUUUGCUCAAACACUUGUGAUGAUGUAUUUGCAUAAUCAAUACAAAUUUGACUCUUUUUCUAUGCA